GAUGCACCAAUUAAACUUAAUGCUCUUGCCAUGGAAAAUAUGCGCGUCAGUCUUCCUGUAUUAAUCGAUCGUAUUAGGCAGCACUAUGGUGAAGCUUUUAUCUACCAAGUACAUAAAAUUGUUGGUUCAGCUGACUUUUUGGGUAAUCCUGUUGGUCUAUUCAAUAACCUUAGUUCUGGAGUCGUUGAUAUUUUCUACGAGCCAUACCAAGGAUUCGUGAUGAGCGAUCGGCCCCAAGAUCUUGGAAUUGGACUUGCAAGAGGCGCAACGAGUUUCUUCAAGAAGACUGUGUAUGGGUUUAGCGACAGUUUUUCUAAGGUUACAGGAAGUAUAGGAAAAGGUCUUUCUGCUGCAACCUUGGAUAAAUCUUACCAAGAUCGGCGAAGAAUGACCCAGUUCAGGAAUAAGCCCAAACAUGCAUUGUAUGGUGUUAGCCAAGGAGUUAAUUCUCUAGUAACAAGUUUUGGAAGCGGCAUUGAGGGCCUAGCACGUAAACCUUUAGAAGGUGCCGAGAGAGAAGGUGCAGCUGGGUUGCUCAAAGGAGUAGGAAAAGGAUUGGUUGGUUUCGUAACUAAACCUGUUGUCGGUGUGUUUGAUUUUGCAAGCAAUGUAACAGAAGGAAUUCGAAAUACUACCACUGUUUUUGAUGAAAACGAUAUUGCACCGGCAAGAUUACCUAGAUAUCCCUAUCAACAAAGAGAAGCUUUAGGACAAUCUUGGCUGAAAGGAUUGGAGGAUGGAAAAUAUUUUAAAGCAGAAUAUAUUGCACAUCUUGAUCUUAGAGGAGAUGAGCAAGUGGUAAUGCUCACACGAUCGCGCAUUAUGCUCGUAAAAAAUAGAAAAUUAAAAGUAGAAUGGGAAGUUCCAUUUUCAGAUCUUCAAACUAUUGCUUUGCAGCCCAGCGGAAUUUUACUUAAUCUAAAAGGGAAUGCACCAGGACCAUUUAUUCCUAUUCCUGACGCUGAGAGUAAAGAAUGGUUUGAAAAGAAGAUUGAAUUAAUAAUUAACGAAUACAAUGCAGAAUCAAAAGACUUUAGAGAUGAAUAA